UAACAAGUUUGGUCUAAAUAUCUACCCGCCGUCAAUUAAGUUUGUUCAGUGCCAAACAGUUGCUCGUAACGCCUUAAAGACCUCUCCAAAUCAUUCCAUAAAAGACCUCUGGAAAACAACAUCUGAAAGCAAAAACAUUCAGUACGACGUCUACACCUCGACAAAGGAAGUCCUUAAAACUUUUACCUCCGGACAAGAAGACAAACUGCAGAAUCAUCUGAUUUUGCAAGGCUCCUUCUUCUCAAAUGUCAUUAAGUUUUCACUGUCGAAAUUAAACGGUAUAUGGUCUAAAUCCCAAUCAAACCUCCCAAAGAACAUCUAUAACUUCACCAUUCGUUACAUUAAUAACUCACUUCCAACUCGUAAAAACCUUACUAAAUGGGGAAUAUUGUCCAACUCUGAUUGCUCCUUCUGCUUAAACCCUGAAACCCUUUUACACGUAGUUGCUGGAUGUCAAACGUACCUCCCACGAUUUACAUGGAGACAUGAUUCUGUUCUGAACUUCAUAGCACAAACGCUACAACCUGUAAACAACUGCAAUCUUUUCGUCGAUCUUCCUGGUUAUAAAAGCCCAUCAAUUGUAACUGGUGACACAUUCCGCCCAGACCUACUUCUAUCUAUCAACUCGGAUUGUCUCUAUAUCCUUGAACUUUCUGUUGGCUAUGAGUCUAAUCUACAAACAAAUGUUGAUCGGAAAAGAAGAAGAUACGAAGAUCUCAUUACACAGCAAAAGAAACAAUUUAAGUCCGUAAAAUUUGUAAAUUUGUCAAUUAGUUCUUUAGGCGUUUUCUCAAAAGAAUGUCAUUCCUUUUUAGAUAUGUUAACUGAUCUAGGUCUUGAUAAAAGACACCAAUAUUUCGCUAUCAGGAAAAUUAUGUCUAUCGCGAUCAGGACAACAUAUUAUAUAUUUUGUUGCAGAGAUAAGGACUGGUUAAAUCCGGAAUUACUGAACAUUUAAGGAUACUCAUUAUUAAUAUAUAAAUAUUAAGUAGGUUCAAGUAGUCAAUUAUAAAUUACCUAAAUUAGUGAGAUUUAUAAUUGUAUAUAUACGUAUAUAAUUUCAAUAAAGUUUCCAUUAUUAUUAUUAUUAUUAUUAUUAUUAUUAUUAUUAUUAUUAUUAUUAUAAGUAUUAUUAUUAUUAUUAUUAUUAUUAUUAUUAUUAUUAUUCACGUCGUCGCUGGAUGCAAGACCUACCUAAAUGAAGGACGUUUCACGUGGCGUCAUGAUUCGGUGCUUAACUUCAUAGCAUCCAUACUCAAAUCUGUGGACCAUUCUGACCUUUCUGCUGACCUUUCUGGCUAUAUCAGUCCUGACCAUCUGUUCUCACCGGAGAUGAAUUGCGCCCUGAUCUUUUGAUAACACUUGAAAACAAAUGUAUUUAUAUACUUGAACUUACCGUCGGAUUUGAAUCUAAUCUCCUCACUAAUGCAACUCGAAAAAGACAAAAAUAUCAAGAUCUAAUUAACGAACAGCUCCAAAAUUGUGAAAAAGUAAAAUUUGUAAAUUUAUCAAUUAGCUUAUUACGAGUUUUCAGCAACCCGUCGCUAGAUUUCACCGAAAUGCUGAAGGAUCUAAAGUUUGAUGAACAAUGUAGAAAGUACUAUGUUCGGAAAUUAUUAACAUAUGUAUCAGGUCCUCGUAUUAUAUAUUCUGUAAGCGUAACAAAGAAUGGGAUAACCCACAACUAUUGUCAUACUAAUAUUGUUAUUAUGUAGAGUGUUAAUUCAAGUAGACACUGGUAAACUACCUGUAAAGAGACGUUUAUCAUUGUAGUUUGUAUAUAAAUAUUAUAGAAAGUAAUAAAGUUUCCAUUAUUAUUAUUAUUAUUAUUAUUAUUAUUAUUAUUAUUAUUAUUAUUAUUAUUAUUAUUGCCCUGAAAAGCUCAACUUCUAUUAGCUACUAAUGUGUGACAGUGUAGAUAACGGACCUGCUUUAUUCAGAGAACUGUUGUCUUAUUUAUUAAGUGUAGUUAGGUAAAAUUUGGUCUGGACUCAUAAAUGUAUGACUAUAUGGGUCAGGCUAUGUAAUUGAUUUGUAACGGUUUAAAAAAUUAUUAUUAUUAUUAUUAUUAUUAUUAUUAUUAUUAUUAUUAUUAUUAUUAUUAUUAUUAUUAUUAUUAUUAUUAUUAUUAUUAUUAUUAUUAAUAUUAUAUUCCACGGUCAUGGAACAGUUUAUACGAGCUACGUGACAAACGUAAACAAACGCUCGGAAACUUUUGCGAUUUGUGGUAUGGUUGGACAAUGGCUGUAAUAAGUUCAAAAGUUCAUCUAUAAAAAGUUCAAAACUUCGUCUACUUCGCUCACUGGUAAUUUACGACAAAAUUUAUUUGCAACAGCUUUGCAUUCGUGAACCGCAUCUUUUGGACAAUUGAGUUGGAAAACUGUGAACAAUAAUCAAUAUAAUAGUUUUGUUGGUGGAAACACCACGUAAAUUUAUUGCUGCAAAGCUAAUAAUAAUAAUCAAUAUGUUUCCUUAAUUUUCAAUUAAAAAAUUUGCUAUUACCGUAAUGUCUUUUCAGAAACAUUGCACUAUCCUUGGAUCCCUAGUUAUGACAUUCUAUUCUAGAAAUACAUGCAUUAAUGAUAUAAUUAUUUGAUUAUUAAAAACAAUUAUAAUGGUUGCCAUUGUAAUGUGCAAAUAAAAUUAUGGAAAAAAUAAACAAACUGACUAAUUUAUUAAAGACUAAAUAAUAAAUAAUUUAUUUUCAAAAUCCUGAAUGUAGUUUUGUCUUUCAUUAUUGGCUUUAAUUCAAUGUAAAAUAAGAGGAUAAAAUGCUUCGAAACCCUGGCGUGAAGCUAUGUAGCUGGGUUAAAGGACAAUGGCAACUAAAAUUUUUAUUUGCUAUUUCAAUCCUACUUGACAACCAGUUAUGAAAAUAUUAUCAUUUCCUUCUCGAACAUUUUAGUCUACGAGUAAAAUGCAUACAAACUUUGUGUUUCGCCGCCAUCUUGGAAAAAUUUUUUGAAAAAUUAUCACGAAGGUCAAUGAACUUUGUUACGUCAUUGGCUGGGUAGCAUCAAAACUAACAGGGGAGAAUUCUAUUUGGUGCGUGUUAUGUUAGCUAAAAAUAUGUCGUUUUGAGUGUUAUACUGGCCAACACUCUUCGCAAUCAAACAAGAGAAGUCUACACUAUCAGAUAAAAACAUUUUGAGCGACUGGGAAAGCAAGGAAUGGCGCAAUUUGCAAUACAGGUUUAAUUGAUCAUAAAAUAUUGCAUUAGUAUUUCAUUUGCCUUGUUACACUCGAAUUUCUGUGCUUAUUUAACACGGAGUAGGAUAUAUACUAUGAGAAAUAGUGUUAGCAUACGUGCAUACGUGCUUAUUUUCAAAAUGGCGGACAACUGUUGAAAUUUUCUCAAAUUCAAUCAAAUUUUCUCGACAACUAAACGCGACAAACCGGCCAAAAUAUGAAAUUAAAUAUUCUGUAAGUAUACCUAAUAGAUUCAAGUAAUAAAAAUUUUGGUUGCCAAUGUCCUAAAAAAUCGUUCUGCCGACAAAUAGCUUGCUCGAAAUACAGCAAAAUAAUUUGCUUUAUAGGCACAAGCUUUUACUUGAGUUAGAUUUUGGCCAAGCCGCAUUUGCUGAGGUAUAAAAGACCAUUACAGGCACACAUAAAAACACACUGCGUUGGAUGAAUUGUCCUAAAAGAACAAUAAUAAUCACUGCAAUUUCAUGCAAAUACCAGCUGGCGUAAAAACAUACUAUUGAGUUAAGAAUGACUUAAAAAUAUCGACGAUAUGAAUAUAAUCAACACAAAGCUGGUACGAUAUGGAAUUGUACUACUGAAACGUUUACACUUACCCAAACAUAGCCAAGACAAGGAUUAAAUAAUCAAAAACACCAGGUUCGUCUUGGCUUGCUUCAGCUAUAAUCGAAACAAUUCGGAAAAAUAUACUGUAAAACAGCACAAUAUGUCGUUGCAAAAUGAAAAAAAACUUUUUGCCAGAGCUUGUACUCGCGCAUGCGCUUGUACUCGCGCAAUAUAUAUAUAUAUAUAUAUAUAUAUAUAUAUAUAUAUAUAUAUAUAUAUAUAUAUAUAUAUAUAUAUAUAUAUAUAUAUUGACUCUAUCAGUGAUCUCACUGGUGCAUCAACUUUUGAGUAUGUCAGAGAAUUUUGCAAAUAAAAUUAUAUCGUGAUAAAUAGUAAAAGGAGCAUUUACAGCUUCUUGGGCAGCUUAGUGACUCUUACCUUAAAUGUAAUAGGACCUCCUUCCUCCUUGCGUCAAGUGAAAAAGCAUAACUCGAUACCCGCGUAUUAAGCAUUCAAAGUUGAAACAUGGCAGCCAGGACACUCUGUACCUUUUUAGUAAGCGCAACGAAAUCGAAUCGGCUUUGGUAUAGUAAAUUGCAUAAAAAUUACUUUUCAUAAUUAUCCAAUAUUCCAGCAAAUACCAGAAAUUUUACAUUAAAAAACUUACGAAAUUCCAUAGAAUAUUAUAUAGUCAGUGACCCAAAUUUUGAAAAUCUACACGCUUCGUAAUAAACUCUGUCUUUAAACCAGGAAGCCGUGGAUACUGCUUUACGGGAAGUGAAUUUGAAAUUGAAGAAUGAGCCGUAUGUUGCCGUAACUGCAAUUGGUAGAGAAGGAAGCUUGGGAAAGGCAGCCAUCAAUGCCAAUGCGAUGCCUUGGGCAAGCAUCAGUGAUCGUGAUCACGAUCAUGUUAUGGUCCUAAGAUGGGCCACGCAACCAGAUGAAAAUCUUAAUGAGGUCGAGAUUGAAUGA